UUCAUUUUUACCAUUUGAUUUUUUUUUUUAUUCACCUUCCUCUACUGCUCGGACUCACAGUAAGGCUCUCCCACUCUCUCUUAACACCGAUAACAAAUAGAUCAUUUUCAGCAGAAGGUUGAUCCAGAUAUCUUAAAUAAUACGUCACUGCUAAGUGAAGUACCUGUAAUUAUGGAGAACAAAGAAUAUGAGAGUUCCUCUAAGCAUCGCAAAACAAUUUCAAAGUUGUGGGAUGUCUUUCUGAAGAUCCCAGCAGAGCAUGAUGAAGAUUCAAAGGCUAUGUGUACAUAUUGUCGGAAAGUUUUUUCUGCUAAAUCUAAUAAUGGUACUUCUCAUUUAUUGCGUCACAUGAGUUCAUGCCCUAAACGUGAUAAUAGUAAUGUAAAAUAUACAACUUCACAUGGCACAUUGAUUGAUGCAUCUACAUCCUCGGGGAAUCAUGAAUAUGAUUUAGGUGAGAUGCGUAAAGCAAUUGCAAUGAUGAUUGUUAUUGAUAAGCAAAAUUCAGAUUGGUUGCGGAUAUGGGUUUCAAACGUGUAAUGGCUGUUGCAUGUCCCAAGUUUGAGAUGAUGAGUAGGCAGACCAUUAAAAAGGAGAUCAUAUCAAUUUAUAUGAAAGAGAGAGAGAAAGUCCGGGAGCCGUUGACAACAUGUCCAGGUCGAAUUUGUUUGACAUCUGCUACAUGGAAAUCUAUUUCAGAUGAUUGUUAUAGUUGUGUCACUGCUCACUUUAUCGACCAUGAGUGGAGAUUAUAGAAGAGGAUUCUGUGGUUCAAACUUAUACCGCCUUCAUAUGAUAGUUUAUCCACAGGAGAUGAGAUAGCUUUGUGUAUGGUUCAAUGGGAUAUUGAACAUAAAGUUUUUUGCAUUGCAUGGGACAAUUUGUCAACCACUGAUCAGGUUGCUCUCAUGCUGAGGUCUCGUCUUGAUGCAAAGAAGAACCUUCCUUGUAAUGGUGCAUUUUCUCAUGUGGGUUGUUGUGCUCACGUUAUGAAUGUAAUUGUGCAAACUGGUUUUGAUCUCAUUAGUGUCAUCAUUGGAAAACUUCGUCUUGCUGUUAAGUAUGUGAAGCAAUCCCCUAUAGGAAGAAGAAUUUUUAUAUAAUUGCUAAAAAUUUGAAUUUGGAUAUCAGGAAAAAGUUGUGCCUUGAUUGUCCUACCCAGUGGAAUACUGUAUAUCACAUGCUAGAAGUUGCUGCUCAUUAUAAGAAUGCAUUUAUAUAUAUAGGGGAAUGGGAUAAAAGCUUCAUGUAGAACCUAUCAGAAGAUGAGUGGGAAAAAGUGAAUCUCUUGUGCAAAUUCUUGAAUGUCUUUUAUGAGGUAACAAAUAUGUUUACUGAAACAAGAUUUCCGACCUCUAAUGUAUAUUUCAAGGGUGUCUGGAAGAUUCAUAAUUUCUUGCUGGAUGCAAUAAGAGGCCCAGAAAAUUUUAUGACUGGUAUGGUCAAGGAGAUGCAGUUAGAAUUUAGCAAAUACUGGUCAGAGUAUAACUUGAUCUUGUCAUGUGCUGCAAUCUUGGAUCCACGAUACAAGGUUAAGUUUAUUGAGUACUGUUAUACCAAACUUUAUGGCAUUGAUGCACAACGAUAUGUUGGGAAAAUUGUUGGCACUCUUUACAGUUUGUUUGAUGAAUACAUGCAAAAUUCUGUCUGCUCUUCUUGUGCUACCGGGAUAUCUGUUGUUGCCACUAAUAUCUCCGAUGUUAAAGAUGAGUUUGAAGAUUAUAAAACUUUUCAAAGUACAAGAUUUCAGACACAGGAGGAGAAAUCUCAGCUAGAUCUUUAUUUAGAACAACAAAGCUAUGAUCUAAAUAGUGAAGUAGAUGUCUUAAGAGUACUGGAGUUCAUGCUCAAUGAGAUACCCAGAGCUAUCAAGAAUGGCACGAGACAUUUUGACCAUUCCGGUCUCCACAAUUGAUUCUGGGAGUGCAUUUAGUAUGGGUGGUCGAGUAAUAAUUCCGUAUCAAAGCUCACUAAAACCAAAGACAAUAAGAGCCUUGGUUUGCCUUCAAGAUUGGGUGGAGGCUUCUGACAGAACAAGUAAGUUGGACUUUUUUGGUUGUAAAAUUCUGAUUUUUAGUAUUCAGUGCAUAAUCGUUUGUUUUUAUAAUUUUGCGUAGGGAAGUUAGGCAAUUUGAAAAGUAAAAUUGAAGAUGAUAGCUCCAGUUCCAGCAGUGAUGAGGAUGAUGAUUAGGUAGUUUGAAAUAGGUGAAUUGUUCAAUAAUUUUAGAUCCCAGACAUGUUGCUUAAAUUUGGUGUAUGACGACAGUUCUAAUGUCAUGGCUUUUUGUGUUUUAU